CCCGCCCGCCCCGCCCCGAGGCAGGACGAGACGAGCCGCGCCGGCCACGUGGUCUGGCUGGUGGUGCCGAGAUGGCAGCCGGCGCGUGCGCGUGUGCGUGCGUGCUGGCCGUGCUCCUGACGGGCCAGGCCGCGGAGGCGUCCAACGCGUCGUCGCCCUCCUACUACAACGGGUCCUCUUACCCGGAGCACGGCGGUGGCGCGAGCAAAGAAUGGAUCAAGUGCCAGCCCGGGCUGCUGCUGCCCGUGUGGCUGCCGGACGAGGGGCUGAGCGUGGGCGACCGCGUUGCCAGGGGCUUCGCCUACCUGUGCGCGCUGCUCUACCUCUUUCUAGGCGUGUCCAUCAUCUCGGAUCGCUUCAUGGCGGCCAUCGAGGUCAUCACCUCUCAGGAGAAGGAGGUCAUUGUCAAGCAAAAGGGGAAGGAAAGCAAGGUUGUCGUGGUUCGCGUGUGGAACGAGACGGUGGCCAACCUCACACUCAUGGCCCUCGGUUCCUCGGCGCCCGAAAUCCUGCUCUCCAUCAUUGAGAUCUGGGCCAAGAACUUUGAGGCAGGUGAUCUAGGUCCGGGUACCAUCGUCGGCUCUGCCGCCUACAACCUCUACGUCAUUAUCGCCAUAUGUGUGUUUGUCAUCCCGGACGGCGAGGUGCGUAAGAUCAAGCACCUGCGCGUGUUCUUCGUGACCGCCAUCUGGUCCGUGUUCGCGUACGUGUGGCUGUACGUCAUCCUGUCCGUUUCGUCCAAGGGCGAGGUGGAAGUGUGGGAGGCCCUCCUCACCUUCCUCUUCUUCCCACUGACCGUCGGCACAGCCUACAUCGCCGAUAGGCGCCUGCUGUUCUACAAGUACCUGCACAAGGGCUACCGCCUCAACCAGCGCGGCGUCAUGGUACAGGCCGAGACUGGAGACGUUGAGAUGGAGAAGCAACAGAUCGACGGCCAGAUGGUGGACCUGGAGGACGAGGUGGAGGGCGACGAGGCCAAGGCGUUCGAGCAGAACCGGCGCGAGUACAUCGCCUGCCUGCGGGAGCUGCGAAAGCGGCACCCGACCCUGGAGCUGCGCGCCCUGGAGCAGAUGGCGCAGGAGGAGGUGCUGACGCGCGGCUCCAAGAGCAGGGCCUUCUACCGCGUGCAGGCGACGCGCAAGAUGCUGGGCGGCUCGGAUGUGAUGCGCCGCUUCAAGGGCGUGCACCCUUCCGAGAUGGACCCCAGCGGCCCCGCACCCGCCAGACCCGAGCACCAGCACGCCCGCGUCUUCUUCAAGCCCAGCCACUACACCGUGCCGGAGAGCAUCGGCGAGUUCGAGGUGAGCGUGGUGCGCGAGGGCGACCUGGUGCCCACGCUGCUCGUGGACUACCGCACCGAGGACGGCACUGCGCACGCGGGCUGCGACUACACCGGCGCGCAGGGUACGCUGCGCUUCAACGAGGGCGAGACCAUCAAGAAGUUCUCGAUAAACGUGAUCGACGACGAUGAGUUCGAGGAGGACGAACACUUCUACAUACGGCUGUCCAACCUCCGCCUCGGCCCCAGCGACGACAGCGAGUCCAACGACAUUCGGAACAACCUUGGCGGGAACCGGAUGCACGCUGCGCCCGAGCUCGUCAGCCCGUCCACGGCCACCGUCAUGAUCCUGGACGACGACCACUGCGGCGUGUUCGGAUUCGUGGAGAAGGAGGUCGAGAUGGCGGAGUCGGUGGGCUCGUACGAACUGAAGGUGAAGCGCUUCAGCGGGUCGCGGGGCCGCAUCCUCGUGCCGUACCGCACCACCGACGGCACCGCGCGGGCGGGCAAGGAGUACGAGCAGCUCAACGGCGAACUCAUCUUCGAGAACAACGAGACCGAGUGAGUGUACCGAGUGUGU